GUUUGCUUCGCUGUAAGGAGGAGUAAAAGCAGCGGUUUGAGCGACUGAGUGAAGAGUUGCACCGUAGGCAAGGUUCGGACAAAUCCUCAUGGGAACCAUGGAAACAUUGGAAAUGGCAGGAAAAGAGCAGUAGACUUUCACAGCUUGCGUACAGAAGGAUGUGUUAUUAACCCCAUGCUGCUGGGAGGUCAGGAGGUGACAUGCCUCUAUAAAACACCACUGGAAACAAAUGCUCUGCUGCCAUGCCUCCGGGGAUGGUGCGUCGUCUUUCAGUUUUAGCAGUCCAGACACUGCUGUCUCUCCUGCUGAUAGGAGUUGGCUGGCCCUUCAUCUCAUUACCCAGUGGCAUUGUCCAAGGAUCAGACUCCUCCCCCUCUAAUCCUCAUCCCACCUUUAUCCGGAAUGAUACUCUGUUUGAGCACUUGGCCCUGCAUCCUGACCACAACGUGGGUCGGGUCUAUAUCGGGGCCCGAGAUCACCUGUUCCAGUUAGACCGAUUCCUCCAACCUGAACUCCAGGAUGACACUGGACCUGUCACAGACAGUCGGGAGUGCUUACCUCCUGUUACUGAGAGCAACUGCCCUCAGGCCAGGGUCACCAGUAACCACAACAAGCUCCUGCUGGUUGAUCCUUAUUCCAUGGAACUUAUUACCUGUGGGAGCGUCAACCAAGGAAUCUGUCAGAAACGUAGUCUGGAUUCUGUGGAUAUGGUACUUUUCUCCACCACGAGGCCGGUGGAUACCCAAUAUGUAGCAGCUAACCACCCCAACGUUAGCACUGUUGGGCUUGUGGUUCGGUCACAUCCUGAGAGGCAGCCAGUACUAUUCGUUGGUCGGGGUUACACCAGCAGCCAUCCACCUAUUUCCACAAGAAACCUCGCCCAGGAACCCAUCUUUUCUUACGAGGAAACCGCCAAGUUGGCUGUUGCUGGCCGUCUCUCAGAAUAUGACCAUCAUUUUGUGGCCUCAUUUGCCCACCGUCAGCAUGUAUACUUCCUCUUCUACAGGCGUGACCUUAAGUCACAGUCGCGCGAGUACCGCACCUACAUCUCUCGUGUAUGUUUGGACGACCAGUCCUAUUACUCCUAUGUAGAAGUACCCUUAACAUGCCGGUCCAGGCCAGGAAAAAUUUACAACCUGCUACAAGCUGUCCAACUCGGGCUUUCCAAGGACGGUGUAGUCAGUCAAGGCUCGGAGAUUCUACUUGGUGUCUUCUCCACUCGUUUGGCUUCAUCAACUCGGCCCAGUGAGGACUCUGCCCUUUGUAUGUUUAAUCUUGAAGAUGUGGACCGCAGGAUUAACUCCACCAGAGACCUGUGCUACACGCAGAUGGGUAGAGAAGCAGGAGUCGAGGCAGCCUACAUUGAGUAUGAAGUCAAGUCUAACUGUGCCAACCUGCCAGAGAACACCCUGGACGCCUACCCCUGCGGCUCUGACCACACCCCCAGCCCGAUGGCCAGUCGAAUCGCUGUGGAGGCAGAAACAAUAUUGGACAGCCCGUCUGCCCGUCUCACUGCUGUGUCCAUCAGUGUGAGGGCAGGACAUACCAUUGCCUUCCUGGGAGACUCCAAAGGAAACCUGCACAAGGUGUUCCUGGGGCCAAAUGGCGAGGUGGAGGAGUACUCCGUCAUCUCCAUUCAGCAGAACGCAGCCAUCAGCGCGGACCUCAUCCUCGACCAAAAGGAGGAGCAUCUCUUCAUCAUGACCCAUAACAUGCUGCAGAAGAGGCCAGUGGCUGAAUGCCAGCAGCACCCAGACUGCCACUCCUGCCUGCUGGCCCACGACCCCUACUGCGGCUGGUGUGUCCUGGAGGGAAGGUGUGUGUUGCAGUCAGAGUGUGCUCGUGGGAACCAGCCAGGUCAGUGGCUGUGGAGCUUCGACAUGGAGCAGCAGUGUCUGACUGUCCGGGACCUCAGCCCCUCCAACAUCAGCAGGAAGGAGAGCAGGAUGGUGUCUUUGUCAGUCCCGGGUCUCCCAGUGUUGGAGAAAGAUGAAUCUUACUCCUGCUUCUUCCAGGACAGCCACAGUCCUGCCACUGUAACCAAAACAGGGGUCAAAUGCCAUUCACCUGACAGCAGCAGAGUACCCAUGGUGCCUCCAGGACAGGACUUUGUCACAGUCACAUUGUCUCUGCGUUUUGGAGACGUCACCGUCACAGCAAGGGAUUUCAUCUUCUAUGACUGCAUGGCUGUUAAGCAACUGUCUGGCAGCAUGCCUUGCCGCGGUUGUGUUUUGAGCCAGUGGGGCUGUAACUGGUGUGUUCACCAGCACUUGUGUACCCACAAGCCCACCUGUGAGGAGGGGGUGAUCAUCUACAACCAACAUUUUGACCUUCCCACCUCAGCUCCUCCCCCAUCUAAACCUAUUAAAGUAAUCACGACACCCAGUACCACAACAGCUGCCCCAACAACCACUGCCAUGACAACCACCCCAACUCCUUCCACAACAACACCAGCAAUUUUCGUCACAACAACUGCAGCCCCUGUCACUGUAGCAAUCACUCAGGAGGCAACCACCCCUCCCACGCCCACUACUCCACCUACAACCACCACCAGCCCUGAGCUGACCACCCCACCAACCACCCUGCCCACUCAGCCUGCCACUACCCUGCCACCCACCACAGCAGUCCCAACCACACCUCCACCUCCAGUGGGCACCACCACGAAGGAUGAAGGGACUGAAGCAGGAGAGCUUGUCGCUGUCACACUGAGUGACACCAAAGGUGCAGCAGUUACAUCCAGUGUUGUUAUGGUGACUGCAGAGCCGGUGACUGCAGAGCCGGUGACUGCAGAGCCGGUGACUGUAGAGCCAGUGCUUGUCACCAUGGCUGAUGGUCUAAGUGGAGAUCUGGACCCUAUGAUGCCUCUGAUGAUCCCGGACUCUUCCCCCCUGGAGGUGGUGAUGGAGUCGCCCCCCAGCGACACCCAGGAAGCUGAGGGAGCACUGAGCCUGGCUGAGUCUCCCACCCCGGCCUCAUCUGGCUUCCCGCUGCUCACACCUUUCCCUGUGGGUGAACCAGCCGACUCUGAGCUCUACCAAGACCUGCCCCAGACACCCAUCCCGAUGCCCACACAAGACACUGAGGCAGGAAGCCUGGAGGUGCUCCUCUGGCCAAAGGAAGUGGAUGUCCAUGCUCAGGGUGCAGUCCAGUCAGAAAAUGACACAGCCACAUUUUCAGCUGCCACUGUGUUGUCAGGCGAUGGUGAGGUUGACCACGCCCCCUCAUCCUAUGCCCACCUGUUGGAUACUGACUCACAGCUGGACUACCAGUAUGGUCCAGCUGAUGCUUUUCUCCCGGGGGACGAGGGCUCCUAUGUCAGCUGGGGUUCCUCAGCUUGUCCCUGUGUGGAGAAGGUCCAGGGUUCAUCACUGAUUCCUGUCAGAGUGGAGAGGAAGAUCACUUUAUUGGCCCGCAACCUGCACCUCUAUCAGGACACAGAGCUGGACUAUGAGUGUGUGCUGGUCAUUGAAGGACAGACGGUGGUGGUGGACGCCUAUGUGGAAACUGAUGACAUGAAUCCAUUCAACUUUGACAUCACAUGUCAACUACACCAGUACACAUAUUCAGCUCCAGUGGAGGAAUACAACGCCAUGGUGUAUGUGAAGAAGAGGGACACCUUCCAUGUGGACAGCUCUACUGAUCUGUAUGUGACUCUGUACAACUGCUCUGUGGGCCGAUCUGACUGCAGCCGCUGCCAUACAGCUGACCAGAAGUAUGGUUGUGUGUGGUGUGGCACUGCUCAGGCCAGCUGCUUAUAUUCAGACUCCUGCAACGAAGCAGUACAGCACACAUGCCCUGCCCCAGUCAUCCAUUCUAUUGAGCCGCUCUCCAGCCUGUUAGAAGGAGGGACCAUGGUGACAAUCUCAGGCUCCAACCUGGGCCAGAAGGCUGAAGAUAUCCUUGACUCUGUGUCAGUAGCUGGGGUGGCAUGCACCGUCAUCCCCAGCCUCUAUGAGGUCUCCUCCAGGAUUGUGUGCAGGACCAAAGCCAGUGGAGGAGAGAAGGUGGGCCAUGUCUCUGUCAAAGUGAGUGGAGGAGGGUUUGGCCUGUCCAGCCAGACAUUCAGCUACCAGGACCCAUUUGUGAUGGGAGUGUCACCUGAACAGGGCCCCAAGGCUGGAGGAACGUCCCUGACGAUCACUGGCAGAAACCUGCUGACGGGCCGCCCCUCUGACCUCACCAUCAGUGUGGGGGGAGUGCCCUGUAACAUUGUAUCAAAAGUGCAGAGAUCCAGUGUUCAGUGUGUGACAGGCAGCAGUAAUAAGACAGGAGACCACCGGAUCACCCUGCAUUACGGCAGCAGCCAGCGUCACCUCCACACUUCACCCUACCACUACACCCACAACCCCAACAUCACCCAUGCCACGCCAGCCAAGAGCUUCAUGGAUGGUGGGCGAUUGAUCUAUGUGUCGGGCCACUAUUUGGACGUGGUGCAGGAGCCUCGGAUGGUGGUGACAGUGUCUCCCUUUGAGUCCGUCAGCCAGAGCAAGAGCAAGAGGAGGAAAAGGCGAAGUACAGAGCGGAGGGAGAACAGAGAGAGGACACUGGGAAGGCCGGUCAGGAUGAUUCCUGACCCUGUCUGUCCUGGAGAACCACUCUGCUCUGUCAAAAAGUUCAUGGAACGCUGUGAGGUGAACUCCUCCUCCCUGAUCCUGUGCCGCUCUCCGAUGGUGGACUCCUCUAUCUGGGGGUCAAAGAUCACAGUGGAGUUCCUGCUGGACAACCUGCGCUUUGACUUCAGCAGUUUGAACCCCCAGGCAUUCAGCUACGAGCCCAACCCUGUCCUACGCAGCCUGAACCAGCAGGAACCUCUGAAUGCAUACCGCUACAACCCCGGCAGCUUCAUCCAGCUGGAGGGAGAAAACCUGGAUCUGGCCAUCACUAAGGACGAGGUUGUGGUGUUGGUCGGGGAGGGGGUGUGUGCUGUGAAGACUCUGACCAGAAACCAUCUGUACUGUGAGCCGCCACCUCAGCAGCCAGCACCAGGACCCAACGGCAAGAAACGAGAGGGCUCCGAUAAUCUCCCAGAGUUCACUGUCCAAAUGGGCAACCUGAACUUUUCUCUUGGUAAGGUUCUGUAUGACAACCUCAGCCUGUCCACCUUCCCCCUGGAGGCUCAGAUUGGAGUCGGAGUCGGGGCGUCCAUAGUGGCCCUCAUCGUGCUCAUCAUCGUGCUCAUCUACAGGAGAAAGAGUAAGCAGGCCCUGAGGGACUACAAGAAGGUCCAGAUCCAACUGGAGAACUUGGAGACCAGUGUGAGAGACCGCUGCAAGAAAGAGUUCACAGACCUGAUGACAGAGAUGAUGGACAUGUCCAGUGACCUUGUGGGCUCAGGUAUCCCUUUCCUCGACUACCGGAUGUACGCCGAACGCAUUUUCUUCCCAGGCCACAGAGAGUCUCCGCUGAGGCGAGACCUGGAUGUUCAGGAGUGUCGGCGGCAGACGGUGGAGCAGGGCCUGGUGCAGCUGUCCAACCUACUCAACAGCAAGCUCUUCCUCACCAAGUUCAUUCACACGCUGGAGAGCCAGCGGACUUUCUCUCCCAGAGACCGAGCCUACGUGGCCUCCCUGUUGACGGUGGCCCUUCAUGGCAAACUAGAAUAUUUCACCGACAUCCUCAAAACUCUCCUGAAUGACCUGGUGGAGCAGUACGUGGCCAAGAACCCCAAACUGAUGCUGCGCCGAACAGAGACGGUGGUGGAGAAGCUGCUGACCAACUGGAUGUCCAUCUGCCUCUAUGCUUUCCUCAGGGACUCAGCGGGAGAGUCUCUCUACAUGUUGUUCAGGGCCAUAAAGCACCAGGUCGAUAAAGGACCUGUGGAUGCUGUAACUGGCAAAGCCAAGUACACCCUCAAUGACAACCGCCUGCUGCGAGAGGACGUGGAAUACAAGACUCUGACUGUGAAUGUCUUAGUGCAGGGAGGAGGAGUGAAUGAGACGCAGCCGCUGCCUUCCAAAGUGCUGGACUGUGACACCAUCACGCAAGUGAAAGAGAAGCUGCUGGAUCAGGUGUUCAAGGGCACCUCCUUCUCCCACCGGCCCCAUGCCGACUCACUGGACCUGGAGUGGAGGUCUGGUGUUGCCGGACAUCUCAUCCUGUCAGAUGAGGACUUGACGUCUGUGGUUCAGGGCAACUGGAAACGCCUGAACACACUGCAGCACUACAAGGUCCCAGACGGUGCAACAGUAGCUCUGGUCCCUCGCCACAACAAACACAUUCACCACGACAACCAUGACUAUGUAGCAGGAGAGAAAACACCAAUGCUGGAGGAUGCAGAUGAAGGUGGAGUGCGGCUGUGGCAUCUGGUGAAAGCCAGCGAGGAGCCGGAGCUGCCAAAACACCGCAGAGGAAGCCUGAGAGAGAGAGAGAGGGCCAAGGCCAUCCCUGAGAUCUACCUGACCCGCCUGCUGUCCAUGAAGGGCACAUUGCAGAAGUUUGUAGAUGACCUGUUCACAGUGAUCCUCAGCACCAGCCGGCCCGUCCCGCUGGCCGUCAAAUAUUUCUUUGACCUGCUGGAUGACCAGGCAGGACACCACGGCAUCUCCGACCCCGAGACGAUUCACAUUUGGAAGACCAACAGUCUCCCGCUGCGUUUCUGGAUCAACAUUGUGAAGAACCCUCAGUUCAUAUUUGACGUGCAGGCGUCAGAUCAUGUGGACGCUGUGCUCUCCGUCAUCGCCCAGACAUUCAUGGACUCCUGCACCAUCGCCGAACACAAACUGGGACGGGACUCUCCCAUCAACAAGCUGCUGUAUGCCAGAGACAUCCCCAGGUACAAGCAGAUGGUAGAAAGGUACUACGCUGACAUCAGACAGACCAUCUCAGCCAGUGACCAGGAGAUGAACUCUGCUCUGGCUGAACUGUCCAGGAACUACUCUGGAGAGCUGAACUACCUGGUCGCUCUGCAUGAGCUCUACAAGUACAUCAACAAAUACUACGACCAGAUCAUCACGGCACUGGAGGAGGACACCACGGCCCAGAAGAUGCAGCUCGGCUACAGGCUGCAGCAGAUCGCUGCCGCUGUGGAGAAUAAAGUCACUGACUUGUGACAGAGGAAACGCCCACCGGUGUUACAGCAGGUAGAGAGAGGUGGGUGUGUGGGAGGCAGGUUAAUAAACUUGCAGCCUUCAGGUUGAACUGAACAGCAGGAGAGCGUCGGACAGACAGACUCUUCUUCUCGAGGAGGAGUGGUGGGAGGCGAGGCGAGGCGUUUGUCAGAUCAGAAGAUUGAAGUUCAUAUCCCAGCACCUUCUGUCCUUCUGUGGUGUCCGCUAAAGGAAGCUCCCGUGCAGUCCAGACACGGUAGAGACAGGACAGCACAUGGACACCAAACAAACCUGGACAAAGAGGAGGGGACAUGAAAAGACACCAUACAGGCCUGCUGCCAUGCUGUUUGUGAAGAACACUGAUGGUUUCAUCAGUUGCUGGACUCUCAGCUCUUGUGUAUAAGAAACCUUGUGGUCCACAGUGAGCUGACCUGAUCUGAGGACUCUCAGAAAGUAGGAUUUUAUCUCUUUAUUUUCCCUCUGGAGUCAAUUUUAUCAAGAGGUACCUCUUAUGCCUUGUGUGCUUGUCACUGCUGUAUGAUAAGAACAGAAGUGUGUGUGUGUGUGUUGUGGUGUGUGUAUGUGUGUGUG